AUGGCAACAAUCAAUCUCAAAAACCUAUGGAUCACAGCUGCUUCAUCAGCUCUAAUCCUUAUUCUAUUCCUCACCCUCACCAAACCAUGGCCACUCCAAUCCAAUCCCCAAUCCGACGUCGCUUGCAACCCCCAAGCCCGAGUGCCGGCCCGAAUCCAAACGGGCCGAGAAUCGAACGAUACAUCGUUCUACGACGACAACACAACCACAUACACAAUCGACGAGCCCGUGAUCGACUGGGAUCAGAAGAGAACCCUCUGGUUCAAGCUCCACCCCACGUUCUCGUCGUCGGAGAAUCGCCUCCUCGUCGUCACGGGCUCUCAGCCGUCGCCUUGCCCGAGCCGUCUGGGAGACCAUUUUCUCCUCAGAUUCUUCAAGAACAAGGUUGACUACUGCAGAAUACAUGGCUGCAGCGUCUUCUACAACAACGCGUUAUUGCACCCGAGGAUGCGGUCGGAUUGGGCCAUGAUGCCGGUGGUCCGGGCCGCGAUGGUGGCCCAUCCCCAGGUGGAGUGGCUGCUCUGGGUCGACGCCGACGUCAUCUUCACCGACAUGGAUUUCGAGAUCGAUUUCAACAAGUACGAGGCCCACAAUGUGGUUGUCCAUGGCUGGCCCGACUUGACACUGGGCCUUGUUCUGAUAAGAAACUGCGAGUGGUCAAUGGAGCUUUUGGACGUGUGGGCCGGGCUGGGCCCAAAGAUGUCCAACAACCGAAAAUGGGGGGAGAUUUUGGAGUCCAGUUUCAAGGAGAUGAUCUACGUGGAGAAUAAUGGCGGGUGUAGGAACGAUAUUGUGGGCCGUGGGCUUGAGGAAUUGGGCGGGAAGGUUGCGGAGUUGGAGAGGCGGGUGGCGGCGCUGAGGCGGAGGCACGCGGAGGCGGUGGGGAAGGGGUACGCGGCGGAGAGGGAGAGGUGUGCGGAGGAGGGCGGGUGGCGGAGGCCGUUUGUGACGGAUUUUUCGGUUUGCGGGAGGUGUAGUGAGGAGCGUGAUGAUGUGGCAGGGUUUUGUAGCGCGGGGAUGGAAAGGGCGCUUAAUUUUGCGGAUAAUCAAGUGUUGAGGAAUUAUGGAUUCGUGCAUCCGGAUUUGGGGAAUGCGUCACUUGUACCUUUGUCGAGUCGUUACUUGAAACGAGCUCAUUUUGAUUACUUUAUUUGA